AAUGAACCCACCCUUUACUGUGAAGAGUCAAGUAACUGUUCUGACGGUCAACACGUACACCAAAAGGUGGAUAGAAAGCCAGGCGUAGACCAGAAGGUGUAUUGUCAUAUUAAAUACGCACGCCGGUAGGAUUAUGCUGCCUGGCUAUGCUAUAAACCCUCCUUUUUCACGGCUUAAGUCUUUACAGAUCCGAAAUUAUGCGGACGAUAACCAUGUGGAUUUAACAGCAAUUGAUGAAACACAAGAUGCUUUUAAACGUCAGAAGCAGCUAAAGGCGAUUGUUUGUCAAGGACAGCCGAGUUUUUUCCUAUCCAUACAUGUUCCAUCUCAAGAAAACCCAGUUUAUGUGUCUGAAAUAGUUACCGCAUACGAUUAUGUUUUUGAAACUGCUUCUAUUCAAAGGGAUUUCAUAACUCAAAAAAGACUGGAAAAAUACUUCUAUGUCUGUUUGUGGGCUUCAACGAGCAUAAAUGAUGCACACUUUUCUUUUAAGCGCGUAUGGAUUGUCCAAAAAAACAAACGUUUCCUAUCGUAUCUGGGUAAAGAUCCUGUCAGUGUGAUCUGUAACGCCCGUAAUGCUUUGCUUUGCGAAUUUUCGGAUGGAGUUUAUGCAGUGACCGCAACGUCAACAGUUUCAGAUAGCAUGCGAACGAGUACCGGCCCUCAUAAUUCUCUUGAACGGAGGAAACCCUUAUGUGGUUAUGAGGCAACUUCUCGACUUGUCGCGUUGGCUUAUUGCGUGCAGGAUUUAAUGAGAGUACAAUUACGGCUUAAACAAGAAAUACAGCAGCACAUGAAUGCAAAACACUUGCAACAACUCAGUCGCGUGGUUUCUAAAAAACAACACGAUUUGCAACAACUUCAAACAACCCGUUAUGCCUAUGUUAAUCAGAUCCGCCAGCUUCGUUCGCUCUUGAACUCAAAGCAGAGAUUAAUCGAGUCUUUAAAACAGCGACUAACAAAACAAAAUUACUGUUAUAAUCAGCAACAGUCUGUUGGUGAUAAUGUUGUAAAAUCUUUGGAUUCUAUCGAAGAAACAAAUUCUCAGAUUUCUCUUCUUCAGACAAAAUAUGUACAAAGGCAUGUCCGAUUGCUUGAGGAGGUUUAUCCAAUAACCUAUGUUGACCAAUCCAAUCCUCCUGAGUUUGCCAUUCGUAAUAUCAGCUUAUGUCGUUCCCCAAACAUGACUCAGCUUGAAGAUUUAGCAGUUGCACUGGGAUACGCCGCUCAUAUCAUAGCUUUCCUCGCCGGACACCUUGGAUUCGCCUUGCCUUAUCCCCUGUACCCUAUGUGUUCUACUUCGUACAUUUCCGACCCGUUCGCUGAGGACUCGAAGGAACGUUUUCUUCCUCUUUUUCCAUAUAAAGAAACGCCUGAAAUGUUUCAGCAUGGCGUAAUUCUGCUUAAUCGCGACAUCUCUACUCUCCUACACGCUUAUGGGUUACCGGAUGAUAUGCCGAAUUUAACUUUGGCAAACUGUCACAAACUUUUACAAUUCGUAAGUUCGGGUCAGGUAUUCUCUCUACUUUAGCAAGUCCUCACUGUGUAUACAACUACUAUACACCCUUUUAUUUACUUAUGUAACCGAACAUUAAUGAUUUUCCAUGUAGGCUGUGUGAAAUGGCGAUACGAUGAGAUGUUUUUAUACAUAAAUCAUUCAACAACUAACAGUUCAAGGCUGAAUGAGAU